GCCAAAGCCACACUAUAAGAACCAAAACCCGUGCCCAGUCUCUCUUCCUAGUUUUCGCGUCUCCUACACAAUCCGCUCAGAGAAAGAAAAGAUAGCAAAAUGGAGAAAGCCAUCAACAGGCAGAGAGUUCUUCUGGAGCACCUCCGACCUUCUUCCUCUGUUUACGGCAGCGAUUCCUCAAUCUCCGCAUCGGCAUGUCUAGCUGGGGAUAGCGCUGCGUACCACAGGACUGCGGUGUUUGGGGACGAUGUGGUGAUUGUGGCAGCGCACAGAACUCCAAUUUGCAAAUCCAAGCGUGGUGGUUUCAAGGAUACUUAUCCCGAUGAUCUCCUAGCACCGGUUUUGAAGGCAUUGAUAGAGAAAACCAAUCUGAAUCCUAGUGAGGUUGGGGAUAUUGUGGUGGGUACCGUGUUGGCACCGGGAUCUCAAAGAGCAAGUGAAUGCAGGAUGGCUGCAUUCUAUGCUGGUUUCCCUGAAACUGUGCCUGUCAGGACCGUGAACAGGCAAUGCUCGUCUGGGCUUCAGGCAGUUGCUGAUGUGGCCGCCGCUAUAAGAGCUGGAUUUUAUGAUAUUGGCAUUGGAGCUGGCUUGGAAUCAAUGACUGCUAAUCCAAUGGCAUGGGAAGGGUCUGUCAACCCAAAAGUAAAGAUCUUUGAACAAGCCCAAAAUUGCCUUCUCCCCAUGGGUAUCACCUCAGAAAAUGUUGCACAUCGUUUUGGUGUAACUAGGCAAGAACAAGAUCAGGCUGCAGUUGAGUCGCAUAGGCGAGCUGCUGCUGCAACUGCCUCUGGUAAAUUCAAAGAUGAAAUUAUUCCUGUGCCCACCAAGAUUGUUGACCCUAAAACGGGUGAGGAGAAACCUGUUACAAUCUCUAUUGAUGAUGGGAUUCGACCUAACGCAACAUUGUCAGACCUGGCAAAGUUGAAGCCUGUGUUUAAGAAAGAUGGGACCACCACUGCAGGCAAUUCUAGCCAAGUGAGUGAUGGUGCUGGGGCUGUUCUCCUCAUGAAGAGAAGUGUUGCAUUGCAAAAAGGAUUACCCAUCCUUGGUGUAUUCAGGACUUUUGCCGCUGUUGGUGUGGAUCCAGCAAUCAUGGGUGUUGGCCCAGCUGUUGCAAUUCCAGCUGCAGUCAAGGCUGCUGGUUUAGAACUUGAUGAUAUUGACCUUUUCGAGAUAAAUGAGGCAUUUGCAUCCCAAUUUAUGUAUUGCCGUAACAAGCUAGGACUUGAUCCAGAAAAGAUAAAUGUGAAUGGAGGUGCUAUGGCCCUUGGGCAUCCUUUGGGUGCAACAGGCGCUCGCUGUGUUUCUACUCUAUUGUAUGAGAUGAAGCGCCGUGGCAAAGAUUGCCGCUUUGGAGUUAUAUCUAUGUGCAUAGGCACAGGAAUGGGGGCAGCGGCUGUUUUUGAACGAGGAGACGCUGUUGAUGAGCUCUGCAAUGUCCGGAAAGUUGGAAGCAACAGUCUUUUAUCUAGGGAUGCUCGGUAGAACAAUUUUAUGCGUCACUGGUUGGAAAUUUCUAUUAAUAACGUAAUGUCUGGAAUUGAAAAUCCUGAUAAAAGCAUUGUAAUAAAGAUGGCGUUAUUUAUUGUUGAAAGGCUUGGGAGUAAUUAGUCGACA